AUGACACCACCGCACAGCUUCACCAUCAGAAACUUACUCCCCGAAGCAUCAUCGCGAUCUCCGUCCCCAUCAGACACGGAGCUAGACGUCACGGGGACAGAAACGCCCCCGCCCGGAUCCUCGACAACGACACCCGAAAAGAAAAACGAAAAACCAGCGUACAGUUACAAUGCCUUGAUCAUGAUGGCCAUCCGAAGCAGUCCAGAAAAAAGACUGACUCUGAACGGAAUAUAUGAGUACAUAAUGAAGAAUUUCCCGUACUAUAAGGAGAAUAAACAGGGUUGGCAGAACUCUAUAAGACACAACUUGAGUUUGAACAAAUGCUUUGUCAAAGUUCCAAGGCAUUACGACGAUCCCGGGAAAGGGAAUUACUGGAUGCUUGAUCCGUCUUCGGAUGACGUCUUUAUUGGAGGUACUACUGGUAAAUUGAGAAGACGGUCUACUGCAGCGUCUAGAUCAAGAUUGGCAGCGUUCAAACGCGGUGCUUUGUUACAUCCAAUGUUUGGGAACCCAUACGCGUCGCUCGUGGGACUUUACCCUCCGUUGCUGUCUGUUUAUGGGAGGUACGCGUUACCGAGCCCUCUUCUGAGGCUGCCACCGCCUCCGCCGAAUCCUUAUCACCAGUUGUACAGAAGAAUACAUGGUAUAGCUCCUCCGGGCAGCCCACCUUCUCAAGAAGACCCCCAGUAUGUGAAACACAGUUGA